UAACACCGAAAAUGGUAUCAGUUGACAACCUUGCCUCCAAAUUAUUCUCGUUAAUUUCGUCUGAAAACAAAUACGAUGAAUUCAAAGAAUGGCGGUUGCUCGGCCAAGAACGAGACGGCAACUUUCUAUUCAGCUGGAUACAAUCAAAUGCUACUACGGACCAAUCCCCUUACACUCGUAUCGGCGAGUACAACUACCAGAAGAACGUUCUGGUUCCGAUUUUUUCCUUCGAUAAGAAAGUAGAAUGUACUCAGGCAUCUGUAAACAGCGCCAGAACAUUCUUGGGUUUUGUAUUGAAAACCAGCGAUGCUACCGGAGGAGAAGCGAUAUACAAUGCCUACUUGUACAGGAUCGGAAAUAGUUUCGAUGACGUUGUGGAAUUGCAAAACGAGCGGAGGAAGCAGGUUGUGAUACAGUUUUUGUACCCGAAGCAAUCGGUACUGUCUGGACAACAAGCUGUGAAGUUUUUGUUGAUGAUACAUCAAGAGGGUAUUUACCAGUACCAAAUCCAGUCCAAAGCAACAGUUCUCAAUGACAGCAGCAUCUUUAAGGAAUUACUAGUGAAAAAGUUCAUCUGGGCGCAAUGGGACGCUAUACAACAAACCUUAUACUACAUCCACCAUCGAAAGAGAAAGAGAGGUUUGGUAGAAGGAGAAGACGACAAUCUCGAUCGGGGCGAUCCCACGAAAAUAACCCCCACUCUUUCUGGGCUCCAAUUCAAUGACGAGUUACCUCACGAAACUGUGCUGAAUAUUCCAUUAAACUUGCCCCAUUUGUCGACUUCAGAGUCUUGUUUGAUAUAUGAAGAUGAUGCUGUGCCCUUGAGGAUACACGACUGUUCUUUGGAUCUUCUUGUCGUAACUGACUCGCAGGGCUUCGUUUGCAUAUGUCACCAUUAUUUGUAUCAGCCUGUACAACCAAUGGCUGAUCUCAGCUGUGAUGACGUCAGUCCUGUUCAUUUUGCUUACUCGGUUACUGUCCUUCAUCAGAGCUGCGUUAUCCAUUGUGUGGUACCUGAUAUUCAAUGGAGCAGAGCAAAAAAAAUCAGGCCGCUUUUCAAAAAACACGGGGACUACUUGAUGGUUUUUAUUCCUGAAAUAUGCACGCAUUUACUCGAUAUCGGUUUGACACACGAACCAUCAUGUCACAUAACCACUAAGCCCCUGAUAAUGGAUAUGGAGACGCAUUUACUUUGUCUGGCCUCUCUGGUGCCGAUAGAAAAUGACUAUGUCGUCAAUUUAGCAACUCUGGACCUGAUCGACUUGACGAUACCGGAUAAUUUGCUUGUAGAAACUUUUGAGUCUGAUACGUUGUUGGAAAAUAAGUUAGGGAUACUGCACUAUUUCCUGUUACAUUCAAACGAAUUGGAACUAGCUACAGAACUCAUAACGUGGCAUUCUAAAACGCCACUCAAUUUCGCCUACCCUCAAAUUCUCAAAGAAUACCUGUUAGCCACUUCAUAUGCUUCUAUUCAAAGGAACCUGCCUCAGGACGCUAUAAAACUAGCCACAUUGCUACCCGUGACGACCCAAAAAGUUGGACUCGAAACGGAAGUCAAAAUAAAUGAUUACACGAUCGGUUUAUCUCAAGAUAUCCUUUGGAACGCGUCCACUGUGCUUCUGUCACCCCAACAGCGCAUCGUGCCGUAUAGAAGUGACAUCUGGAUGAAGCUAUGGGAACAACUGGCGAAAUUAUCUAAGGGGUCUCAGCGAUUUAAGCCUAGCCAGGUUGUAGACAAGCUUAUGGUUUCUCUGGAUUGUUACCAACCAGAAGCUUUAUCAAGAUGCUCCACCCCUCUAUCGCCAAGCGGAGGAGCUUCUUCAACCUUCACAGAUUUCUUGAGCGGUCAAACGUGUGCCAAAAGUCAAGCCGACUCCCUUCCUUUCCUGGAAAUCGACAGUUGCACCGCUAGCAGACAGGAGCAUAUAAUUUCUGUGAAUUUGCGAGAGAUCAGCAUGCACCUCUUGAAACAGAGCUCCAACAGCCCAAUGAACAAAUUUCCAGAACUGAAUCAAUCUCCCAUGCAUGUACAUGCAGUGGCAACUCGAUAUGUCACAGCCCAGUUGGAUCAGUCCCGGAAACUGUGCCAGAUUCUUUGUAAAGCCGCCGCUUACGACUCAGAAGAAGAUUUCGACAAGGGAUUCAUAUACAUAAAUAAACUAGAUAAAGAGAGACGAUACGUCAUGUUCAAACUCUUAGAAAAGUACUACCUGGCAGUACAAUCCAUUGCGUUUCCUUUGCCACAAGGUUUUACGUCAUUUUUUACCUUUCUGGGGUAUAAAACUAUGGAUUUCGAAAUGUUUCUCCAAUACGUCAAUAGGAACGUGUUUGAGCUACAGGUUGAUGUCAUGAAAAUUAUAAUGGCUGAAAGUGAAAACAGUAAAGCCGAUGUUAGGAAAAAGCUCAAGUUGCUCUCCGCUUUGCCUAGGUCAAGAGCAAAACGUCUUCUGAAUCAAUGGAACCACCCUGUGAGUGUCAUGGCGAGAGCAAGGGAACACGCCCAAAAUAUUUUGUCCGGGAUUACAGCUCCACCUUCAGGAAAAACCUAUGGGAUUCAAAAAUCUAGAGGAGUCAGAGGGAUAGCAGCAUACCCUUCAAGUGAUAAUCUAUCACCUUUGGAUACAUUUUUAGACCUUUUGACAGCUAAAGCUAGUUUAACAGAUAUCGAUUUCGGAUUGUUGAUAGAAGCCACCGAAGCAUCAACUGAAGAUUUUUUGUGAAAUAAUUCUGAGCGAUUUCACAUUUAUGAUCAUUCUGACGGCAGUCUUACGCCAUAAGGAAAAAUAUCAUGAUUCAGGUUGCAGUAUGGCAACUUAGAUUUUUAAUUAAAAAUGAGUUUGUACUGAU